AUGCUCAACACUGCCAUCCCCCUCUCCCUGCGGGAGAAACUCGAUUUCCUGCCCGCCCUGGUCUCCAUCGCCCUCACUGUCGUGUGGGCCAUGUUGUCCGGGCUCUGGCGCUCCAACCGAUACCCCAAGUCGUGGUUGUUGCAUGUGGGAUAUGCUGUGUUUCGCAAGGCGACCACGCGCAUGACCAUUGCGCAGAUGCAGUACAUCAUGGCGCCGAGCAACAAGGUCUACGAUCUGUAUGUGCGCAAGGCCAAGAAGAUAGCCGACACCGUGGACUUGGGGCACGGCGCACUGGGACACUGGAUCGGGGAUCGCAAGGCCGAAAACGUCCUCGUGUGGUAUCACGGCGGCGGCUUCGCCCUCCCCGCAAACCUGGGCUACUUUGACUUCUUCACCCAGCUCAUCGCGGACAGCGCGGCGGCGGGCAAAUCCCUCGCCGUCUUCAGUCUGACCUACACGCUGGCGCCGCACGGCACGUACCCGACGCAACUGCGGCAGGCCGUCGCCGCGCUGCGCUACGUGCUCGAGCAGACCGGCCGGCCCGCGCACCGCGUGCUCCUGGGCGGCGACUCGGCCGGCGGCAACCUCGUCGGCGGCGUGCUCUCGCAUCUGGCGCAUCCGCAUCCCGCCAUCGACCCGGUGCCCGUGUCUGAUCUGCUGGCCGGCGCCGUCAUGAUCGCCCCCUGGACCUCCAUGGAGACCGAGUACGUCGGGCAGGAGAUCGACUCGCGCGGUGAUCUCAUCACGCCGGCGGUGGCAGGGCCCUGGGCGCGCGCGUAUCUGGGGACGGCUAAGCGCGACUACUAUACGGACUUGUCGACUGCGCCGACGGACUGGUUCACGACGUUCCCUGUGAAACGCGUGCUGGUGACGGCGGGCGGGGCGGAGAUCCUGCUGCCGCUGGUGCAGGACUUGGUUGCCAAGUUCCAGGAGGGAUUUCCGGAUGUGGAGCUGUGCGUGGGCGAGCGCGAGGGGCAUGUGGCGCCGAUCUAUAACUUGUAUAUUGGGGAUCGGACGGAGACGCAGCAGGGGAAGCGGGUGAAGAGCUGGCUGCGGGAGACGUUAUAG